AUGCCAUGGGAGAUACCCAAGCUGCCAGACCUGACGCCUGAGCAUCUGCACCCGGUCACGAUUUACGGCAAGAGUGGUGGAGCACAAUCAUACCGCAGCCAACUCUCAGUGCUCCCUGAACAUGGCAUCGCCGUGGUCAUGCUGACGGCCGGCUCGAUGCGCGCCCUCGUCCCUGCUGUGGACACUGCAGCCCGGGAUCAAGCAAAGCAUGAAUAUGCACGCAAUUUCUCAAAGAGCGCGUGUCAAGUUACAGACACAACCCCACAGGCAGAGGCUUCAGAAGAUGUGCAGAUCAAGAUUGAGCAAGAUUGCGACUCCUUGGUACUCAGCUCUGUGCCGCCGAUAAACGGCGGAAAUCGAACGACCGAGCUAGUGAGCGCCCUUGAGGAGAUCUGGAAUCUGACCAUCGGGAUGUACACAGGACAAGCUGUGGAGCUACCCAUUCGGCUGUUCCCCACGGGCGAGGCUGGCGAGACAAUAUUUAUUGCUAAACGGGAAAACACCAGCAAGGGGCGAAGUGUAGCGUCUCUGGCCUCAUCUCAACACAGCGGCUGA